UUGGUUUUUCUCCCGUAUGCGAACAGAAGCGGAAGAGGAGAAGAGAAGAGGAGAGAGAAGGGAUUGGCGUUUGCGUGGAAGAUAGGAGGAAUCUCUUCAAGAAAAGCAAAGAGAAAUAAAAGAAAGCAGAAGACAGGAUUCCUUUCAAUAAAUAGAAGAAGGAAGAACAAAGAAGAAUUACAGAAGCUUUUCAAGCAUUCAAGAUCUCUUUUUUCUCUCGGCCAAGGGCUGACCGACGAACGACGCCAGCCAUCGCUUUUGUAGCGUCGAUAGAUCGAUCGAUCGCCACCGUUGACGCCAUUGUCGUCCGGGAAUCCCGUCGGAUCUUUUCGGAAGAAAAAUACAGGAGACGGCCACUGAUUGUCGUGGAUCAACUGGGUUGAUUGGUAGGGGUGUCCACAAUUUCUUCAGGGGGAAGGACAAUGAGGGGUUUGAUUCAAUGAUUCAUUUCUGCACUUGUUCUGGAGGGUCUGCCUCUAUUCUUGAACAAACUAGAAAAAGAGAAGUGACAGAGUCUUGCAAGAAUUGUGGUGGGAAACCACUAGUUGAUGGGAGGGGAGGUCUACCAGGGAGCAUGCUGAGCACCGUGGGUAUUGAACUUACUAGAGUCAUUGACCCAGAAUUGAACUGGAAGACGGUUUCAAAAAGUAACAAGAGGGGCGCAAGGCGAGCGAGGGCCUCAUUGACUGCUAGCAAUAAAAAGAAGCAUGUUGCAGGGAGCUUGAAACGAAGUGAAGACCCAAUUGAUAAGGACCUGAAGGGGGUAGAGGACAUGCCAGUCUCUGAAUCUGAAAAGCAUCUGCAAAGCCCAUGGAUUAGUUAUAUGUGCUGCUGAUCUGACAGGCCCCAGAAUGGAUUUACCAUGCCCCCAAAGAUCUCCUUGAUGGGACUGGCCUAACCCUUUUGGUGACCUGGAAAUAGAUGGUUAAGGAAAGAAAUUCAGCAAAUGGUCCACCAAAGGCAAAAGAUUGGAUGGGGCCUAUCAGAUAAACAAUCUGCAUCAGCGAACCAUAGGCCCACUUGUACAAUGGAUAACCUGAGGAUAUUAUGCAUAUCGCCCGGCUGAGGAUCAUAUAAUCCUCUUGCUAUAAAUUCUGACUUGUAAAUUUGGCCACAGCCUUUUUCCUAUUCUUUUAACUUUGUUUUCUGU